GACCAAAAGCACAUCAUUCAGAUAGAAUAGAAUUAAUUUCUUAUACAACAGCAUACUAUCCCAUAGUAUCCAAUUCCUAUACCUCCCAAACCAAAUCUCCAACCUCCAAAGAAAGAAAAAAUGCACUUCCUCACUCAAGCCCUCCUAACCACCACCCUCCUCAGCACCCUCGUGCUCUCGCUCCCCCAAGAACCCCCCAUGAAUGGCGGCGGCGGCGGUGUCCAAGGAAACUGCAACUUCUUCUGCUGCGAACGCAAUCUCGGCACCGGCGGCACACUCUGCAAAAACAACACUGCGAUUCCGCAUCCGUUCUCGGACGAUUGCUCUACGAUGCCGAUUGGAAAUAAGCCGAAUGGGAGUGGCAAGGCGACGCCGGUGUGUUGUGCGAAUGCGAAUUGUUUGGGGCAACCGGGCUGGUGGACGCCGAUUACGAAUGUUUAGGGGUUUUUUUGAGGGGCGGAUGAGGGGUGAGGGUUGGGUUGGGAGUGGGAGAUUUGGUGUUGAUGUUGAUGUUGGAGAUGGAAAAGAGGGGGGAUAGACGAGUAAAGCGCACCAAUCUAAUCUCCUUCUUGAUGUUUCUCCCUCACGAUACCGCAUACAAUGAAUAUGCUGAGCUUGGAAAUUCUGCAAACUAAGAAUAGAUGAUUGGAACGACACGAACAUUACAAUGAUUUGAAAAUUGCGGGUGGCUCUUUGUUUUAUUUUUGUUUCUUCACUUGUUUGUUUUUUUGAUUUGAGGUUUAGUUAUUAGUGUUAGUGUCGGUUGAUCUGAAAUUUUCAUUUAGUUUGAACUUAUGGUUAGUUAGUUACUACUCUUAGGAAACACAGUAUACAGAGCAAUUCAAUUGAUACAAUCAUAUUUAGGAUCA